GAACUACCCCCAUUUAUUGUCUCUUACUUCCUGGAAUAUUAGAACCCAAAGUGAUUUUGUAUGCUAUUUGGUCAACAUACUGCUCAGGUUAUAAAGAUGGAGUGUUCUGAAGUAAGCAAUGAGACUCCAUCAGACUUCCCAUAUUCCUUCACUGAGGAUGGACGUCUCUGCCAUAUAGACACACUGAAACCAUACAAGUUCUCGUUCCAGCUCAAGGACGUCCAAGCGACUAUGAGGGAACACACAUCUCUUUGCUGCUACAUCUCCCAGCAUGUUUACAGCCUCCUUGAAAAAAAGUAUAACCUGAUCAAGGUGUACCUGGACAAAGGGAGCCAAUCUGAUUUCCAUCCUCCUGGUUUUGUCUACAUGAGCCCAGGGGCUUUGGAACAUCAUGGUAUGUUGAUAGUCCUGAUCCAGGAUAAAGGCACUAUAAGGUGUGGUGUGUGGAGUUGGAGAGCUGUAGCCAAUGAAGGCCUAGAGAGAGGAAGUCAGAUCCCAUAUGUGCGCUGGGCUUUGGGGGAGUCCUGUGCUGUUUUGUUGAUGAACCCAAACGAAGGAGUAAUGGCACCAGAGGAGCAUGUGCAACAAGUGUGGGAUCAGUUGCUGCUGAACAGCACUGCAGAGCAAAUCACAGUGGUGGCACAUGGUUACGGAGGCUUAGCUUUUGUUCAACUCCUGUGCUGUCGGUUGGAAGAGAUCCAACAGCGGAAGUGUGCUGUGGCCUUCAUCGAUUCUUCGCACAGCCUGUGGCAUCAGCCACUUGGAACUUCAGGACGUGACUGGAUAAAGGUACAUUCCAGUUCAUGGGUACUGAGCAGCGAGCCAAAGAAUCGGCUGGUGGGGUAUCUCAAGGCAGGGUGCAGGAUGAUGUCAGCAGGGACACAGUGCCACGAGACGGCACCUGCUACAUGUAUGGAUUCAGUAUUUCGUUUCAUUGCCAAACUGAUGAAGCCCGCAGUCGUGCCAACGCCGUUCUGCAUUGUCACUAGAAGCAGGAGCCUCGGAGUGAGAAAGCUGAGUGGCAUAACCGACCGAAACAAUAAUGCAUCCUGAAUGAGGAUACUUUAAUAGAAUGAGCAUCAUUACAACAGGGAAUGCAGUGUAUAAUGUUUGGCUUAUUAAACAACUUCAUGUACAGCAUACA